AUGAGGGGCUUCCUCCCCGGUGGAAAUGUUCCACAAGUUAAUCAAGUUCCUCAAGGUGUUCAAGAUGAUCAAGUACCUAUUGUGGAUGGAAAUAAUAAGGUUUCGAUUAUUCCCCCGGAAAUGGAUAAUGGGGAGAUUAGAGAGGCUCUCCUUACCCUAGCCCGAGCUAUGACAACUCAAGUGAAUAGAGACAUUGGGCCUAGAGUGAAUGCUAUGGAGAGUACUAUGACCUCUAGGUUGAGGGACUUUGUGAGGAUGAAUCCUCCUACCUUCUUUGGUUCUACGGUGGUAGAAGAUCCCCAAGCUUUCUUGGAUGAGAGUCUAAACUUGGGAGGAGAAUUAGAGAUGCUAAUAGGGGAAGAACUGAUGAGCAAGUUCAACAUAAGUUUAAGAAUAGGGAUUCAAAACCAAGAUGGUUUUAGUGCUCCUAAGGUGAACCAUGAGAGAGGUAGUGGUUCCCAAGUGGUUAGGCCUACUUGUGCGACUUGUGGGAAAAAGCACUGUGGAAAGUCUCUAGCUGGUACUAGUGGGUGCUUUGGUUGUUGGAAGGAUGAUCACCAGGUGAGGGAUUGUCCUACUAUUUCGGCUAGAGGAAGAAAAGCCAAGAAAGUUCCUGCUAAUGUUUCGGAUAGUGGUGCUCCAAGGAGGAAUCACUUCUAUGCUCUCCGAGCCAAAGGAGCAAAAUCGGAUGAUGAUGUGAUGUCGGUAAGUUAUAGUUUUCUCUCCUUAGUUAUAUGA